CAAAGCUUGGAGCGGUAUGGCGGCGGUGCCCAGGUGGAAUCUGACGUUCGAGUGCGUUUCCCCAACUUUUAAUUGUUCCAAUGGCCCAGGACUUAGUUCUCAGGCCUCUUUUCGUCUUAAAGUCAUUCUGUGGUGGCAGCGAAUCUCGCCGGUUUAAGUUCUAUUUACACACUUGACUCAAAUUUCCGUCCACAGCCCCACACCUCUACCCUGAAUUCCAGAUGGAAUGAGAUAUUCUCUCCUCACUAGGAUGUUUUAUAAACUCUUUAAAAUGGCACAAAUCAAACGCCAGACUCCACCUUCUCAACCUCAAAUAAUAGUAAUCCCAUUUUUCCACUUGUCCACUGUAAACCUUGGUAACACCCUCAAACUUUUUGUCCCAUCGAUGAAUCAGGGAAUGUUCAGUCCUUGACCGGCAACCCAGAACCUGAUCAUUCUGCCAGAAAUGUUUUUUUCUUGUUACAAAGCCAAGAAAGUUCAUGGCAGGACCCAGAAAAGUCGAAGUUAGCAUUUUGUGGUCCUUCUUUUACAAUACGUGAGCCAGAAAGUUAGGAAGCCCAGCUUCAAGGUGAGGGCGUUUACCUGGGCGAGGUGAGCAUGCAGGAGCACAAGAGACAUCUACGCCCACCUUGUAACGUGAUCUCUAAGCCCGACUCCACCAAAGUAGCCAUCUCCAAUAAAUUGCUACAGCCUGUUUCUCCUUUUGUAUAGAUAAGCCAUCUCCUAAAACUGUUGCCAAGACUCAAGUGGGGAAGCAAGUAACUGAUUACUGCGCAGCAGGAACAAGAAGCGGGCAGAACAAACCUACUGCAGAGAGAGCCCCAGUCAAGAACUUAGAAGGAUAGAAGGAAAGAUUUGUUUUCCUCCUCUACAUAUCCUAGAAGAGUGCUGCCUGUUUGUUGAAUUUUAUGAUUACAUCCAAGUCCAGCUCAGAAAUGACUCAGGGUGAAUGUUGUCUCCUGGAAGAAUCCACUGCAUGUGCAAGUCUUAGAUACUUACCAACUUGUCCCCUCAGUCUACUUUGGGAUCCUGGAAGGCUGAUCCUUGGACCCUUGCAAAGAGACCAGAAUGGAUUGAUUAGAGCCCUGCUUGGUGUGGACCAUAGUAGCAAGAAAAGGAGCAUCCUGGUCCUCCUAGUUGCUGUCUGGGCAUAUUACUCACAGACUUGCAAAAUGGCAGCCACACUUCUGUCCGGUAUGUUUGCUCUGCCUAUUAAGGACCCUGGCUGUGCCCAUGAGAGGAUUACAGAGGUGGAAAACUUCCACUCUGGGUUACAAAACCUAAUAACCUUUGAGGAUGUGGCCAUGGACUUUACCCAGGAGGAGUGGGCAUUGCUGAAUCCAUCUCAGAGAAAACUGUACAAAGAUGUGAUGCUGGAGAACUACAAAAACUUGGCUUCCCUGGGACAUCAACUGAGAAAACCCACCCUGAUCACCCAGAUGGAGCAAAAGGGUGAAAUGGAGACAGUAGAGAGAAGAAUUCACCAAGACACCUGUUCAGAUGGGAUGAUUCUCCUUCAAACUAAACAAUCACAACAUAAACAAGAUAUUUUGGAGGAAGAAACAUUCAGUGUCAAGAGGGAGGAGCAAACUCAUGGAGGCAAAUCCAUUGAAUGGUGUGAAAUUGUUGAAGCCUUGAGCUUGAAAUCCAGUAUUACUCAGAGUCAGAGAAUUCAUCCUGGAGAGAAACCCCAUCAAUGCCUUGACUCUGGGAAAGCCCUCACAGAUUGUUCACAUCUUAAGCCACAUGACAAAAUUCUUCAUGGGGAAAAAUCCUGUGAAUAUAAGAAAGAUGAAAAUACCUUCAUCAAGAGCUCUUAUGUAGCUGUGCGCAAGAGACAACAUACAAGAGAGAAAUCCUGUGACUACAGUGUCUGUGGGGAAGUCUUAACUUCAACCUUAGACCUUAAGAAGCAUAAAAAAACUCACAGGGAGAAAUCCUUUCAAUGUAGUCAAUGUGGUAAAGUAUUACAGAACCACUCAUCCAUGAAGUUGCACAUGAGAACCCACACUAGAGAAAAAUGUUUUAAAUGUAAUCAAUGUGAGAAAACCUACAGCUCAACCUCUUACCUUACACGGCACAAAAGAAUUCAUACUGGGGAGAAGCCCUAUGAAUGCCGUGACUGUGGAAAAACUUUCAGGGAUAGCUCACUUCUCAGACAACAUCAAGGAAUUCAUUCAAAAGAAAAACCCUACAAAUGUAAUCAGUGCAGCAAAACCUACAGUAGGAGCUCUGCGCUGACUGUGCACAAGGCAAUACAUACUGGAAAGAAACCCUAUACAUGUGAUGAUUGUGGGAAAACCUUCAGUAUUCUCCCAUACCUUAGAAGACAUGAGAGAAUCCACACUGGAGAGAAAUCCUUUAAAUGUAGUCACUGUGGAAAAGAACUAAGUAGUCAGUCAUCCCUAAAGACACACCUGAGGAUACAUACCGGAGAGAAACCUUACAUGUGUGAUCAAUGUGGAAAAACUUUUAGAAUGAGCUCUAAUCUUAUUGUGCACAAGAAAAUCCAUACUGGAGAGAAACCCUGUAAGUGCAAUGACUGUGGGAAAGCCUUCAGGGAUCGCUCAUGCCUUAAAGAACAUGUGAGAAUUCAUACUGGAGAAAAACCCUUUUUGUGUAAUCAAUGUGGAAAAGCCUUCAGGAUAAAAUCUUUCCUGAUUUUGCACAAGAAAAUUCACAUGAGAAUGAAAGAAUAUGAAUGUAAGGAAUGUGGGAAAGUCUUCAGUGGUCUCUUAUGUCACAGGAGACAUAUGAAAUGUCAUACCAGAGAAAAGAAACCCUUUAAGUGUAGUGAGUGUGGAAAAGCCUUUAGGAGGCGUGUAUCCCUUACAAUACACAUACGAACUCACACUGGAGAGAAACCCUAUGAGUGCGAUCAAUGUGGGAAAACCUUCAGUGUAAGGAGUAAUCUUACUGUGCACAAGAGAGUACACACUGGAGAAAAACCCUAUAAAUGUAAUGUCUGUGGGCAAGCUUUCAGUAAACUCGUAUCCCUUAGGCAUCAUGAGAAAACUCAUGCUGGAUAAAACUCCUAAUGACAUCCAUGUAGAAUAGCUUCCAGUGAACUCCUAGUCUAGUCCUUAAGUUGUGCUUAGAAAUGAUUUAUGUACUUAUACAUUUCAUGUCUCUUAAUCUAUCAUUUCCUAACACAAGGUCCGUAAUGAAUCUUCCCACCAGGAUUGUGGAUGGUUAAGUCCUCCUUGAAAUUCUGUACUUUUUACAGCACACUCUCUUGUUUGCAUUUAAGAUAUCUAAAACUAGUGUACAACUCCAUGAAGUUUUACAAGGUAGAACACAUCUAUAUUUGCUACACACAUUGGUCAGGAAAACAAAUAUUAUCACCACCCAAGAAUCAUCCUUUAAUGGUCCCUUUCAAUCACUAAUCACCCUGAUUCCUACUACCAGAAUGUAGGUACUGUAUGGAAUCAUGCAUUUUUAACAGUUUUAUUGAGAGAUAAUUUACAUACCAGAAAGGUCACUAAUUUGAAGUGGAAAAUUCAAUGAUUUUAGUAUAUUUGCAGAGUUAUAUGCAUUCUUUUACCUAAUCAUAUGUAACAUUUGUGCCUGGCGUUUUUGCUCAACUUUGUUUUUGUUGAGUAAAUAUUUAGGAGUACAAUUUCUGGGGCAUAAGGAAUACAUAUGGUCACAUAUGUUCAAUACUAAAUCAACUAAUUUUCCAAAGUGGCACUAAUUUACAUUCCUACUAUCUUGCCAAUAUUUCACAUUGUUUUUUUUCAUUUUGGCC